AUGGCUCCUCCCGCGAUCAUCGCCCCGUCCAUCCUGAGUGCCGACUUCGCCGCCUUGGGAGAAGCAUGUUCAACAACAAUCAGCCAAGGAGCCGAUUGGCUUCAUGUCGACAUUAUGGACGGCCACUUCGUGCCCAAUCUCACCUUCGGGCCCCCAGUGGUCUCGAAGAUUCGAACACAUGUCGAACGGCCCAAAACUGCGGCUGGAAGAGGCACUUUUGACUGCCAUAUGAUGAUUGCGGAGCCACACCGCUGGGCGUCGACUUUCCGUGACGCCGGCUGCGAUCUAUACUGCUUCCACUACGAGGCUGCCGUCACCAGCGUGGCAGCCACCGAACCCACAGAUAAAACCACCACACGGCCAACCUCUCCCAAAGAACUGAUACGGUACAUCCACAAACUCGGUAUGCAGGCCGGCAUCGCCAUCAAACCCGAGACGAGCGUCGACGUGUUAUGGGAGAUAUUGGAGAAUGAAGUCGCCGAGGAACGACCCGAUAUGGUCCUAGUGAUGACUGUCCACCCGGGCUUCGGGGGCCAGAAGUUCAUGGCCAGCGAACUUCCCAAAGUCACCGCCUUGCGUGAGAAAUACCCGGACAUGAAUAUCGAAGUCGACGGUGGCCUGGGAGAGUCCACCAUCGACCAGGCGGCGGAUGCGGGUGCCAACGUGAUAGUUGCAGGUAGUGCGGUCUUUGGUGCCAAGGAUCCUGCGCAUGUCAUUCAGGUGCUGAGAGAAGCGGUGGAGAAGAGGCGAGAAGGGAGGUUAUGA